UGGGCUGGAGGGUCUAAGGGCCCGGAGGCGUCGGGGGUCUUCCCCUUCAGGGUGGGUGGGGGCUUUCACCACGUGGCUUUGCCUCCCCUCCCACCCCCGCUCCAUUUUUUUUUUUUUUUUCCAAGUCGAUUUUAUUUAGAGGCGGCGCCAGGGCGGCCGCGGAGAAACGUGACACACCAGCCCGCUCGGAGGGGUUUCGGACAGAAGGAACGAGCUGCGCCGCGUCGUCCGCCUCUCCGCGCGCCGAGGGCACUUCUCCAGGGCCUCCCCGAACUCCCCUGCGACCUCUGCGCGUCCUCUGGCCGCCCUCUGCGCCCCGGGCUCCGGACAACUUAGGGGUGGGGUGCAAAGAAAGUUUGCGGCUGCCGCCGCCGGCCGCCCGCCUGCCCGCCUCUCGGCCUAGGAGGCUCGCCGCCCGCGCCCGCCCGCCCGCUCGGCCUUGCUGGGGACCGCGUCCCGCCCGGAGCCCGCCACCAUGAACAAGCUUUACAUCGGCAACCUCAACGAGAGCGUGACUCCCGCCGACUUGGAGAAAGUGUUUGCGGAGCACAAGAUCUCCUACAGCGGCCAGUUCUUGGUCAAAUCCGGCUACGCCUUCGUGGACUGCCCCGACGAACACUGGGCAAUGAAGGCCAUCGAAACUUUCUCCGGGAAAGUAGAACUGCAAGGAAAACGCCUAGAGAUUGAACACUCAGUUCCCAAAAAACAAAGGAGUCGGAAAAUUCAGAUCCGAAAUAUUCCACCCCAGCUUCGAUGGGAAGUCCUGGACAGCCUGCUCGCCCAGUAUGGGACAGUAGAGAGCUGUGAGCAAGUGAACACGGAGAGUGAGACUGCCGUGGUGAACGUCACCUACUCCAACCGGGAGCAGACCAGGCAAGCCAUCAUGAAGCUCAAUGGCCACCAGCUGGAGAACCAUGCCUUGAAGGUCUCCUAUAUCCCCGACGAGCAGAUCGCACAGGGUCCCGAGAACGGGCGCCGCGGGGGCUUCGGCUCUCGGGGUCAGCCCCGACAGGGCUCGCCAGUGGCUGCCGGGGCCCCGGCCAAGCAGCAGCAGGUGGACAUCCCGCUGCGGCUCCUGGUGCCCACCCAGUACGUGGGCGCCAUCAUUGGCAAGGAGGGCGCCACCAUCCGCAACAUCACAAAGCAGACCCAGUCCAAGAUAGACGUGCACCGGAAGGAGAACGCAGGUGCUGCGGAGAAGGCCAUCAGUGUCCACUCGACCCCCGAGGGCUGCUCCUCCGCCUGUAAGAUGAUCUUGGAGAUCAUGCAUAAGGAGGCCAAGGACACCAAAACGGCCGACGAGGUCCCCCUAAAGAUCCUGGCGCACAAUAACUUUGUGGGGCGUCUCAUUGGCAAGGAGGGGCGAAACCUGAAGAAGGUGGAGCAGGACACGGAGACAAAAAUCACCAUCUCCUCGCUGCAGGACCUCACCCUCUAUAACCCCGAGAGGACCAUCACCGUGAAGGGGGCCAUCGAGAACUGCUGCAGGGCUGAGCAGGAGAUCAUGAAGAAAGUUCGGGAGGCCUAUGAGAAUGACGUGGCCGCCAUGAGUCUGCAGUCUCAUCUCAUCCCCGGCCUGAACUUGGCCGCCGUGGGUCUUUUCCCAGCCUCGUCCAGUGCGGUCCCGCCACCUCCCAGCAGCGUCACCGGGGCUGCGCCCUACAGCUCCUUCAUGCAGGCCCCGGAGCAGGAGAUGGUGCAGGUGUUCAUCCCUGCCCAGGCGGUGGGCGCCAUCAUCGGCAAGAAGGGGCAGCACAUCAAGCAGCUCUCCCGCUUUGCCAGCGCCUCCAUCAAGAUUGCUCCUCCUGAAACUCCGGACUCCAAAGUUCGUAUGGUCAUUAUCACUGGACCCCCAGAGGCCCAAUUCAAGGCUCAGGGAAGAAUUUACGGGAAACUCAAGGAGGAGAAUUUCUUUGGUCCCAAGGAGGAAGUAAAGCUGGAAACCCAUAUCCGGGUACCAGCGUCCGCAGCUGGCCGGGUUAUUGGCAAAGGUGGCAAAACGGUGAACGAGUUGCAGAAUUUGACAGCAGCCGAGGUGGUGGUGCCGAGAGACCAGACCCCCGAUGAGAACGACCAGGUCAUCGUUAAGAUCAUCGGGCACUUCUAUGCCAGCCAGAUGGCUCAGAGGAAGAUCCGAGACAUCCUGGCCCAAGUUAAACAGCUGCACCAAAAGGGACAGAGUAACCAGGCCCAGGCGCGGAGGAAGUGACCCGCCCCUGCCCCGACAUCGACGCGAGGACGACGGGCUGAAACCCAGGGCGCGUUCUCCCCAGCAGGCCUGAGAAUGAGUGGGAAUCGGGGGCUCGUGGGCCGGGGUGCGGAUCAGGUUUGCCCACUUGUUUGAGAAAGACGUUCCAGUGAGGAACCCUGAUCUCUCUGCCCCGAACCCCCAGCCGAUCGGCCCAGCGCUGCCCGCCCGCCCCUCAGGGUGUCACCGUGGAAAUUCUAGCUCAGGGUGCUUUUAAACGUGGAUUGUUUUAAGUCAGUUCUUCAUUUCCCACCAAGAGGGUGGGCAAGAUCCCACAGGGAAGAGAAAUAAAAUUUCCUUCAGGUUUUUAAAACAUAUGCAGAGGGGUGUUUUAAUCAACCUCAAAGAAUGGUUUGCUCUAAAAUCCUUCCAGCCUUUUCCCGCUCGGUUUAUUGAUUAAAAUACCUCCAUUCUCAUGCCCUGACAUAACCUCUUCCUGUAUCCACACUAACUGUCUUACCGUGACUGCUACCAGAAAGAGUGGGAACAGAUGCAUCGCUGAGCUUUUACGUUGUUGACUCGAAGGGAGAAGACGCGUCAGCAUCUGUAGUUUUAAUUUCGGUCCCUCCCUCUCCAACCACCAGGAACAGCGAGGAAUAAGGAGUGGUGGGGGGGGGAUGGGGAGAAAGAUGAUUCAAAUACAGUAAUCCACGUUUAAAAGGAGUGCCCUCGUGGCUGAUCCAUUCCAGACCACCGUCUCGGAAAAUUGGCACAAUUCAAAGUUCCCCCCUCUGCGGGGGCUUCCCCGCCGAGACCCCCCGCCCCGCCACGCCCCUCCCACUGUGGAGGUCCCACGUCACGUCCGGGCGCACGUGGGUGGUGCUGAGCGCUCAGCGGGACGGGCCGACCGCUGCACUGUCCCUGAUUCCCAUCAUUCUCAGGCAGAUUUUAUAUUUUUUUAAAGUCUAUUUUAAUGAUCGGAUGUGAGCACUGGGAAGGGGACGUUUCUCCCCUUGAUAAAGUCGCAGUUCCGUGGAGGACCGGAGUGGCCCCAAAGGCUGCCACUGUGCCCUCACCCCGGCCCACGGGCUCCCCUGAGGGCUGGCUCCCCGAGGCAGGGGUUGUGGGGCCCUCCCCCCUCCCCCCCGCCACGGCACUGUUCUCCUGGUGGUGGUGGGGUGCGGAACCCAACCCUGAGCUCCCAAUAAAGCUAAAGUUCAUCAUCUGGCAUACAUUACGAAGACUCAAUACAUUGGAGAGUAUUUGCUUCUGUUUGUAUCUUAGAGGCAUAUUUAACUGACGGCUCCUGCCUCUGCAUCAUUGGCGUGAUGACAAGGGUGCCUG